AUGGCGGGGCCCGGGCAGUCCCAGCCGCAGAAGCAGGCGGAGCGCAUAGAUGAUGCUGAGCUCGCGCUGCAGGGCAUCAACAUGCUGCUCAACAACGGCUUCAGAGAGAGCGACGAGCUCUUCAGGAGAUACAGGACACAAAGCCCAUUGAUGAGCUUUGGGGCCAGCUUCGUCAGUUUCCUGAAUGCCAUGAUGACUUUUGAGGAGGAGAAGAUGCAGACAGCCUGCGAUGACCUGAGGACCACGGAGAAGCUGUGUGAAAACGACAGCGCCGGGGUCAUAGAGACGAUCAGGAACAAGAUAAAGAAGAGCAUGGACUCCCAGAGGUCAGGGGUUGUCGUCGUUGACCGCCUGCAGCGACAGAUUAUUGUUGCCGACUGUCAGGUCUAUCUCGCUGUGCUCUCCUUUGUCAAACAGGAGCUCUCAGCGUACAUUAAAGGAGGCUGGAUCCUUCGUAAGGCCUGGAAGAUGUACAACAAGUGCCACAGUGAUAUUAGCCAACUGCAGGAGGCUUGUCAGAGGAGGUCCUCUCUCCACCAGGAGUCUCUCUCAACUGGCAACGCCAAUCACAACGUGCCAAUGGGGAACGGAGUAACUGCAGAAGCUCUGGACCGGCUCAAGGGCUCUGUCAGCUUUGGUUAUGGCCUCUUCCACUUGUGCAUCUCCAUGGUGCCACCACACCUGCUCAAAAUUAUCAAUCUACUCGGUUUCCCUGGGGACCGUCUCCAGGGUUUGUCCUCCCUCAUGUAUGCCAGCGAGAGUAAGGACAUGAAGGCCCCCUUAGCUACGUUGGCCCUGCUGUGGUACCACACAGUAGUUUUGCCUUUUUUUGCUCUGGAUGGCUCAGACACACAUGCAGGUCUGCUGGAAGCCAAAGCCAUUCUGCAGAGAAAGUCAGUGGUAUACCCCAACUCCUCCCUAUUCAUGUUCUUUAAAGGACGGGUUCAAAGGCUAGAGUGCCAUAUCAACAGUGCUUUGGCUUCCUUCCAUGAUGCAUUAGAGCUUGCAUCAGACCAAAGAGAGAUCCAGCAUGUGUGUCUCUAUGAGAUUGGCUGGUGUAGCAUGAUAGAGAUGAACUUUGAAGAUGCAUACAGAUCAUUCGAGAGACUGAAGAAUGAGUCACGAUGGUCACAGUGCUACUAUGCCUAUCUUACCGGAGUGUGCCAGGGUGCCUCAGGUGACCUCAAUGGAGCAAGUGGUGUUUUCAAAGAUGUACAGAAGCUGUUCAAAAGAAAGAACAACCAGAUAGAGCAGUUUGCCCUAAAAAGGGCUGAAAGACUGAGGAAGAUCUCACCCACAAGAGAGCUGUGCAUCCUUGGUGUGAUUGAGGUACUGUACUUGUGGAAGGCACUUCCAAACUGCUCCUCCUCUAAACUCCAGAUGAUGAAUCAGGUGUUGCAAAGUGUAGAGGAUGCAUCAUGCAGAGGCCUGAAACAUCUACUUCUUGGUGCCAUUCACAAAUGUCACGGAAACACUAAAGAUGCUGUUCAGUCGUUCCAGCUGGCUGCUAGAGAUGAGUAUGGGCGACAGAUCAACUCGUAUGUACAGCCAUACUCUUACUAUGAGCUGGGAUGUAUACUCCUUGCAAAACCAGAGACAGUGGGAAAGGGGAGAUCAUUGCUUCUUCAAGCAAAGGAGGAUUUUGCAGGCUACGACUUUGAGAACAGGCUCCACGUACGCAUUCAUUCAGCCCUGGCCUCAUUAAAGGAAGUAGUGCCUCAGUGA